AUGCCGGAAAUGCAGCCUUCCGGCCAAGUCAAGGAGUCCUUUGAUGGAGACGAGAUCCUCAACUCGCGCUCCGUCUUGAACCAUACUCACCACACAUGGGCGCGCACCUUUUCCUGCCUCCCAGAGCUUUAUAUCCAGCCCGAAUCGCUGCAGGAAAUCGAACGGACUGUCAAUUGUGCGCGAAAAUUGCGCAGGCGAAUCACCACUGUGGGAUGCGGACACUCGCCCUCUAACAUAACCUGGACCUCGCAAUGGCUGGUCAACCUGGACAAGUACAACAAGAUCCUCUCGGUGGACGACAAAACCGGCAUCGUGGUGAUGCAGAGCGGCAUUCGCCUGUAUACGCUGUGCGAGGAGCUUGAGCGCCACGGCUUGGCCAUGCCGAAUCUCGGCAGCAUCAACCAGCAGUCAAUUGCCGGCGCCAUCUCAACGGGAACCCAUGGCAGCAGUAUCCGCCACGGCCUCAUGUCCGAGGAUGUCCUCGCUCUCAAAAUCACUCUUGUUGAUGGUAGCACCAAGUUCUGCUCCAAGAAUGACAACCCCGAAUUGUUCCGAGCCGCGCUGCUCUCUCUCGGCUCACUUGGCAUCAUCUCUGAAAUCACCUUCCGCGCUGUCCCAGCCUUUAGCCUCAAGUGGAAGCAGACCAUUGACUCUGAUCUGCGAAUGUUCAACGCCUGGCCAAAGGAUCUGUGGACUCAGAGCGAGUUUGUGCGGGUCUGGUGGUUCCCUUACACACGCCGGGCGGUAGUCUGGCAGGCCGAGAAGACGGAAGAAGAGCAUCGUGAACCACCGGUGAGCUAUUACGAUGGAUCCUUGGGUUAUUACGUCUAUCACAAUCUGCUUUACCUGGCCCAGUACGUGCCUCGAAUCCUUCCGUGGGUUGAGUGGUUCGUAUUUGGCAUGCAGUACGGGUUUGCCAACGGUUCCACAACGACAGCUGUCCAGCCAAGCCGCAAAGCCCUGUUGAUGAACUGUCUCUAUUCUCAGUUUGUCAACGAAUGGGCGAUUCCCCUGCACAACGGCCCAGAGGCGCUUCGCAGACUCAGCUCCUGGCUCAACCAACUCACGCCCCAUGACCCUGACUAUGUGCCGCACAACAUUCCCUUCUCGGCCGAGGGCCUCUACGUUCAUGCGCCAGUUGAGGUUCGCGUCAGUGAUACGACUCUUACUUCAAAUGCCCGGCCUUAUCUUGACCCAACUGUCAAGGAUGGCCCGACGUUGUAUCUCAACGCCACUCUGUACCGGCCUUAUUGGCGCGAUCCACCAUGUCGGGAACGUUACUAUCAGGCAUUCGAAUGGCUGAUGAAGGAUAUGGGCGGCAGACCCCAUUGGGCCAAGAACUUUGAAACCUAUAGUUCCGAGAUCGAAACCAUGUAUGGCGGUGACCUGGACAAGUUCAGACACAUACGCGAUGGUGCCGACCCGGACGGCCUAUUCCUCGGGCCUUGGCAUAGAGACCGCAUCCUGCGCCAGGAUGCUUGGUAUGACCUCGAGGAGAAGAAUUAG